UCUUAUCCAAUGUAAUCCAUGUUUUUUUUUUGACAAAACGACAAAUUAAUCACCGAGGUUGUUGUUUUUCAAGUCGCUUAUUAUUGGCCCACCCACAGCUUCCCUUGUGAACCGACCUUACACACACACACACACACAAUUCUUUUGUUGUUUUGCAGAGAGACAGCCAAACCAAACAACGAACGUUGAAAAGAAAAUGGGGAAUCUUGUGUGUUGUGUGCAAGUUGAUCAAUCUCAAGUGGCUAUGAAAGAAGGUUUUGGAAAAUUUGAAAAGGUGCUUCAGCCGGGAUGCCAUUGCAUGCCAUGGUUCCUUGGAAAACGAAUUGCUGGUCAUCUCUCUCUUCGGGUACAACAAUUGGAUAUCAAGUGUGAGACAAAGACAAAGGAUAAUGUCUUUGUCAAUGUUGUUGCUUCUAUUCAAUACCGUGCCUUGGCAGACAAGGCUAAUGAUGCAUUUUACAAACUUAGCAACACAAGAAACCAAAUUCAAGCUUAUGUUUUUGAUGUAAUUAGGGCAAGUGUUCCAAAACUCAACUUGGAUGAUACUUUUGAGCAGAAAAAUGAAAUUGCAAAAGCUGUGGAAGAAGAACUUGAGAAGGCUAUGUCAGCUUAUGGAUAUGAAAUUGUUCAAACACUGAUUACUGAUAUAGAGCCAGAUGUCCAUGUGAAGCGGGCUAUGAAUGAAAUCAAUGCAGCUGCAAGAAUGAGGUUGGCAGCUAAAGAGAAGGCUGAAGCAGAGAAAAUCUUGCAAAUUAAGCGAGCCGAGGGUGAGGCUGAGUCUAAAUAUCUCUCUGGGUUGGGUAUUGCUCGCCAGCGUCAAGCCAUUGUGGAUGGUUUGAGAGACAGUGUGAUUGGAUUUUCAGUUAAUGUACCAGGGACGACUGCAAAAGAUGUCAUGGAUAUGGUCCUUGUCACUCAAUACUUUGACACUAUGAAAGAAAUUGGGGCUGCCUCCAAGUCUUCUGCUGUGUUCAUUCCACACGGACCUGGCGCUGUUCGUGAUGUAGCUAGUCAAAUUCGUGAUGGACUUCUCCAGGGUUCUCUAUCUCAUCAGUAACUUUUACUCCUCCUGUUUCGUAUCUGAUUUAUGUGGGAGUGUGGUGAUUUUAUAGUGCUUGUGGUUGUAACGCUUCAAUAUGUUAUAUUAUUUAGUACAAGAGUAAACUGGUAAAUUGAUCCUCCAAAUAUUUUGGCAUUGGUAUAUCAGUCUUGCAAAAAAUAAAAUUUGUCAUUAAGUUAAUCCUUCAAUGAUUUGAAACAAUUGUCACAUUUUCUCUCGAGGAAAAUGGUGACGCCAAAUUUAAAAAUUUGGUAAAUGUUGUGUGUUUUAAAUGGAUUUAUUGAUGAUAAAUUCUUUGGAGGAUGAUUUAAAGGAAUUACUCUUGUUUUAUACUUCCAGUUUGCAACUCUUAAUAUAGAUAGAUAUGAGUUUUCUACAUUAUAAAUUGAUGCAUAACUAGACUUUCAAUUAUCCUUGUAUAUACAUGUUUUCUACAUUGUGAAAGUUGAAUUCAAAUGACUUUUUA